AUGGAUAAAAGUUGGUUAUUGAAUCGAAGUUGGAUACAUGAAUCACGCUUAAGUUGGAAGUAUGAGACAGGAGUGGAAUACUUUAUUGAAUAUGUAAUACAGAAUGCUAAUAAUGAUAUGAAUGGGAAUUUUUUUUGUCCUUGUGUUAAUUGUUGUAAUGGAAGUCGUUUAGAACUUAAUGUUAUAAGGGAACAUCUUCUCUGUGAUGGUUUUCUUAAGAAUUAUACACGUUGGAUAUGGCAUGGUGAAAAUAUUGACAUUCCAACUGUCUCAAUUGAAACUCCAACUCAAACUUUUACACAAGAGAUAGAUAUGGAUGAUCAAUUAGAGGAGAUGAUUCGUGAUGUGGGUCCAAAAUCAUUCAAGCGAGCACAUAUGUAUGAAUCUUUGUGUAGUGAUUCGGAGAAGCCGUUGUAUCCAAAUUGCACGAAAUUUACAAGAUUGUCAGCGAUAUUGAGAUUGUUCAAUCUGAAGGCAAGAAAUAGGUGGAGUGAUAAAAGCUUCACAGAAUUGUUAGAACUAUUGAAAGAAAUGCUUCCGGAGGGUAAUACAUUGCCUAGUCGUAACUACGAGGCAAAAAAGGUGUUGUGUCCUAUGGGUUUGGAGUAUAAGAAGAUACACGGGUGCCCAAAUGACUGUAUGUUGUAUCAUGGUGAAUAUGAAGGGCUGCAUCAAUGUCCAAAAUGUGGGUUGUCACGAUAUAAAAAAAAGCAAGAUGAUUCUGAUUAUGAUGUGAGCACUAAGGGUCCUCCAGCUAAGGUUUUAUGGUAUUUACCAAUUGUUCCGAGAUUAAAACGUCUUUUUGCUAAUGCGGAUAAUGCAAAGCUAAUGAGAUGGCAUGAAGAUGAGAGGAAGUGUGAUGGACAACUUAGGCAUCCAGCAGAUUGCUUACAAUGGAAAAAAAUUGAUUCUAUGUUUCCACAUUUUAGCAAGGAGCCAAGAAAUUUUAGGCUUGGACUAGCUACGGAUGGAAUGAAUCCGUUUGGUAAUUUAAGCACUAAGCAUAGUUCAUGGCCAGUUUUAUUGCCCGGAAACGACAUUGAUGUCUAUUUAACUCCAUUGGUUAAAGACUUGAAGAUGUUGUGGGAGAAGGGAAUUGAUGUGUACAAUGGGUAUAGUGUUAAAGGGCACAAAGCUUGCCCUAUAUGUGAAGAGGACACUUGUUACCAUCAACUAGUUAAUUGGAAGAAGACAGUUUACCUUGGUCAUCGAAGAUUUCUUCAACCUAACCAUCCAUAUCGAAGGUUAAAGAAAACUUUUAAUGGAUGUCAAGAAUAUGGCAUAGCACCUACUGCAUUAACCGGUGAGCAAGUUUAUGACCGGGUAAAGAAUUUAAAUGUGGUACUUGGAAAGUCGAAAAAACAACCCAAAGAAAAAAACAUAUGGAAGAAAAGGUCGAUAUUUUUUUAUCUUCCUUACUGGAAAGUUCUUGAUGUUAGACAUCGCAUUGAUGUCAUGCAUGUUGAGAAAAAUGUAUGUGAUAGUGUAAUUGGCACACUUCUCAAUUUAAAAGGUAAGACAAAAGAUGGACUCAAAUCUCGUCUAGAUUUGCAACUCAUGGGAAUACGAGAACAAUUGUAUCCCCAACCUAUGGGUAAGCGAACAUAUUUGUCCCCUGCAUGUCACACAUUGUCAAAAAAGGAGAAAACAAGUUUUUGUGAGUCCUUACGUGGUGUCAAAGUGCCGUACGGUUACUCUUCCAAUGUAAAAAGUUUAGUAUCAAUGAAAGAUUUGAAAUUAGUUGGCUUAAAGUCUUAUGAUUGCCAUGUACUAAUGCAACAAUUUCUUCCUAUCGCUAUACGUGAUGUUUUACCUAAAAAUGUGAGUAAAGUAAUUAAUCCUCAGAAGUUGGAUGAUUUGGAAAAUGAAGCUGUUUUAAUAUUGUGUCAAUUGGAGAUGUAUUUUCCUCCUUCCUUUUUUGACAUUAUGGUUCACUUAAUCAUCCACUUGGUUAGGGAGGUUAGGUUGUGUGGUCCUGUCUUUUUGAGGUGGAUGUACCCAGUUGAGAGAUACAUGAAGAUAUUGAAAGGGUAUGUGAAGAACCAACAUCGUCCAGAAGCAUCCAUUAUAGAAAGGUACAUUGCAGAAGAAGCAAUUGAGUUUUGUACUGAAUACAUGUCUCAAGCUGAAUCAAUAGGCAUUCCUAAGACCCGUCAUGAGGGACGAACUGCUGGGAAGGGUACAAUAGGCAUAAAAUUGAAAAGCAUGAUGCGAGAAGAAGUGCUUCAAGCACAUUUGUAUAUAUUGAAUAACACUGAUGAGGUUUUACCUUAUUUAAAUGCCCACAAAGACUUAGUGAAGACAAACAACCCUCGAAUGCCUGAAAAAUGGGUGUUGAAUGAGCAUAACAAGACUUUCAUAGAGUGGUUUAAAGUGAAUGUUGGGACAGAUUUAAGUGUUUCUGAAACUUUACAACGCUUAGCUCAAGGACCUAACUUUGAUGUGUUUACUUUCUGUGGAUAUGACAUUAACAACUACUCAUUUUAUACAAAGGCACAGGAUGACAAGAGUACUAUGCAAAAUAGUAGGGUUAUGAUAGUUGCUCAAUCUAUGCAUUUCUCAACAAAAAAUGAUAACAACCUUAUCACAGCUUCUAUGUGGUACUUUGGAGUUAUUGAAGACAUAUGGGAGGUCGAUUAUGGUCCAUUUCGAGUACCUAUAUUUAAAUGCAAGUGGGUUGAUAGUAAUAGUGGUGUCAAAAUUGAUGAACUUGGAUUUACUUUGGUCGACCUUAAUAAAGUUGGUCAUAAAGAAGAGCCUUUCAUCAUGGCUUUCCAAGUAAAGCAAGUAUUUUAUGUCACCGAUCCAUCUAAUAAAAGGUCGUCAAUUGUUCUACAAGGUAGAAGUAACAAUGUAAAUGAAGAAUUUGGAGAUUUAAGUAAUAUAAUUGAUACUCCUUCCUUGUCAACAUGUGUGCUAACUUUUAAUGAAGAUGAUGUGGAUGAUGUAUAUGCCACUCGUGAGGAUCAUCGGGAAGAAAUAUGGGAGAACAAUGAAACUUGA